AUGGAUGACUUCAAACAUCUUUUCUAUCCUGAGUUGGAGUCGUUGGAAGAUAAGGAUGAUUGCAAAAACACUUGCACCUGCCCUGGAUGUCUCUUGUUACACAAACCUAGUGAUAAUGAGGCUACAAUGUCUGAUGAAGAACCUGAGCCACAGGCUCCCAUACAACUAGAGCAAACUAGACAGAAAAAGUUGGUGCUCGAAGUACAAUCCCUUGCGCCCAAAGUGCUCAAGAUUCUCGACACAAUCUCGGAGCAGGGCAUGACACUGUCCCUCUUCCUUGAUGCUCUCAGCUGGGGGGAUGAAAGUUGUCAUUCCAAUGACAGAAUCCGGUUUGCAUGA